CUCACCGUGUAAGCUACUGUUGAAAUUCCAGUGCUAACCAACUUUAGCCAGCUUGCUAACAUGUAAUUCUGCGAAUGUGAAGAACUACUGUGGAUAUUUAUGAGUGAAUCAUAUUUUAUUUGCAAUAGAAGGGAUAUUGGACACGUCGUAUUGAUGUUUGCUGUUACUGCAACCAUGUCCAGUUAGCCAGGACGCUGCAAUCGUUGGAUAACGAACCUGGCAACCCGGCCAGCCAGCCCGGGUCUCCUGGGUCUGCGUUGAGGGAUUUGAACAGGUUUCAUCGCCCAGAGGGACAGCAAAGCCGGGUGCUGCGACCCACCAUGAGUCCCGCGGGCUGCCCCCAUGUCAACAGCUUCAAAGUGGACAACUGGAAGCAGAACCUGAGGGUCAUUUAUCAGUGUUUCGUGUGGAGCGGUUCAGCCGAGACCAGAAAACGCAAGGCCAAGUCGUGCAUCUGCCACAUGUGCGGCGCUCACCUCAACAGACUCCACUCAUGCCUCUACUGCGUCUUCUUCGCCUGCUUCACCAAAAAACACAUCCACGAGCACGCCAAGAGCAAAAGGCAUAACCUAGCUAUUGACCUGCUGUAUGGAGGGAUUUACUGUUUCAUGUGCCAAGACUACAUAUAUGACAAAGACAUGGAGCAGAUUGCCAAAGAGGAACAGAGGAAAGCCUGGAAAAUGCAAGGCAUAGGGGAGAAGUACUCAACGUGGGAGCCCACCAAGAGGGAACUGGAGCUGCUCCGCCACAACCCCAAGAGGAGGAGAAUCACCUCCAACUGUACUAUUGGCCUGCGAGGGCUGAUAAACCUGGGCAACACGUGCUUCAUGAACUGCAUCGUCCAGGCGCUGACGCACACUCCGCUGUUGCGUGACUUCUUCCUGUCCGACCGGCACAAAUGCGAGAUGCAGAGCAACUCCUGUUUGGUGUGCGAGAUGUCGCAACUCUUCCAGGAGUUCUACUCAGGCCAUCGGUCGCCCCACAUCCCCUUCCGUCUUCUCCAUCUGGUGUGGACCCACGCCCGUCACCUGGCCGGCUACGAGCAGCAGGACGCCCACGAGUUCCUCAUCGCAGCGCUGGAUGUCCUGCAUAGACACUGCAAAGACGACAACGGGAAGAAAGCCAACAACCCCAACCACUGUAACUGCAUCAUCGACCAAAUCUUCACAGGGGGCCUGCAGUCUGACGUCACCUGUCAAGUCUGCCAUGGCGUCUCGACGACCAUAGACCCGUUCUGGGACAUCAGCCUGGACCUGCCGGGCUCCUCCACCCCAUUCUGGCCCCUCAGCCCCGGUGGAGACGGUUCAGCGCUUAACGGGGAGAGUCACACCACUGGAGCCACAACACUCACAGACUGCCUGCGCAGGUUCACCAGGCCAGAGCACCUCGGCAGCAGCGCUAAGAUCAAGUGCAGUGGUUGCCAUAGUUACCAGGAGUCCACCAAGCAGCUGACCAUGAAGAAGCUGCCCAUCGUGGCCUGCUUUCACGUCAAAAGGUUCGAGCAUUCGGCCAAACUACGGCGGAAGAUCACAACUUAUGUCUCCUUCCCGUUGGAGCUGGACAUGACGCCCUUCAUGGCCUCCAGUAAAGAGAGCAGGAUGAAUGGACAGUACCAGCAGACCGUGGACCCCUUCAACAAUGACAACAAGUAUAGUCUUUUUGCAGUGGUGAACCACCAGGGGACACUAGAGAGCGGCCAUUACACCACCUUCAUCCGCCAGCACAAGGACCAGUGGUUCAAAUGUGACGACGCCAUCAUCACCAAGGCCAGCAUUAAGGACGUCCUGGAUAGUGAAGGGUACCUUUUGUUUUAUCACAAACAGUUCCUGGAGUACGAGUAGCUGCCUCGAUCAGCGCAGCCUGCCGGAGGAGACAAGGGAUGAUGCAAGGAUUAGUUGCAUGGGAAAAGGUAACGGAGUGGUGAGGGAGGCGUGGAAACAGACAAAAAAGCCUACCUGAAUCCCCCUUAAGUCGCAACUCUCACUCUGACAGUGAACCACCCUUACUACAUACUAAUCUAGUUAAAGAAGGAACUGUGCGCCUGCUGGAUAAGUGCAAAAGUGCAAGAACCAAACAAAAUGCAAGGAAUUCAUAGGGAGAUUUGUAUCGCCGCUGACGGGAUGUUGUAAAAAAAGUGCUUCACUUGAAAUCAGGGGAUGAAGAAGAAAGCAGCCUUGACAAUCUGCCGUAUGAAAGAAAUUACUGCAGAUUCAGGCUGUACUUCAGAUAAUAGCAGGUAUACAUGCGUAUUCCCUCUUCUGAAACAGACAAAAGGGCAGAAAGGUUCAUUUAAACCUUUCGGUUUACUCAAUCACAAAUGCUGUUCUUCACCAUGUUUCGUGCUCGCACUGCUGCAUUUAGUAACACCUGAAGAUGCAGAGUCGCAGCCUCCCAUGGGGGGUUGAGGCUCUGCCUUAGCAAGAACUUUUAUUUCCAUUCGCUUUACCUAAAGCAGCAACUUCCUGGACACAAGCACACUUGUCUAACGCACCCACUCUCCUGCAAAUGACCAAAUAUUUCAUGGUUGGAAGUUGUCUUAUUAUGCAUUUAUGUUCAGAUUGCAAAAAGUGUGGGAGGGGGGGGAUUAUGAACAAUGUAUAGAGAGACGGGUAAUUCCAUUCAUUACUUGUGAGUUUAUAGUUCUCAUUGAAAUACUUUUAGGAAACUUCAACAAGGAGAAGUCAAAGGAUCUGUUAUCUUCUGCCUCUCAUGCUGCUUCCGACAGUCACGGGGACACAGUGAAUAAUAUAUUUUUAUACAUACUGUAAUUAAAUCGUUUGUUUACGGUUUCUCCAUAAAUUUGACUGUCUUACAUUGUGCCGUCAAUCAUGUUUUCUUUUGUACACAAAAUAGUGCUGAUAACGUUCAUGAAACUGCUGUUCGGUGAAGUCAUUUUAUUUAAUUAUUGUUCCUGUUUAAUUUGACUUCAAUUUGUCAAACGUUUUGGCGUUACAGAGGCAUAUUUUCUCCACGUUCAAGAUACGUUGUUGUGAUGCUGUUUCAGGUAAAUGGCAACAAAAAAAAAGGAAAGAAUCAAAGGAGUAUGUGUAACGGGUUCGAAGUUCGAUCCCGCAGUGUUAAUCGUUGGCCGCAUGUUGCUCUAAUUCGGUGUGUUUGUAAGCGUGUGUGUGUGUGUUGUGUGUGUGUGUGUGCAUGUGUAUGUGCCCUCCAAAGGGGAAGAAAAGAAAAAAUGAGUGUAGGUGUGUGUGUGUGUGUGUGUAUUAAAUGUGUUAUUGCGCGUAACAAGAGAGAAAAAGAAGUGUGUAUGUGUACCCGUUUGUAUGCACACGUGUGUCGUGCGCGUGCGUAUGUACCUUAAGUUUGUGUACUGAAUCAGUACUUGCAUUCAGCAUGCCGUCUGAGCUGGGUAUCGCAGUUUGUUAGGAUUUUUAUUUCCACAUGUUGAUGAUGUAUGUAUUAAAUAUAUAUGUACAGUUUGUAUGUAUAAGAGACGAAAUGGUGAAACCUCAAAGUCGAUUUUUGUUGUUCUAUAUCGCUGGAUUACCACGGGGUCGUAAUCGGAAGAAACUUUCUCUUGACCCGGUCAGUCAUUCCUCGCACACACACAAGUAACUGCUGCAAGAACUGGACACAGUGAUGGAAAGACACUCCA